GUGGCAGUAUUAAAAAAAUUUUUUAUCGUGAAAUUUUUUUUUUAUUCGUAAACCAAAUUUUACUACUGUAUUUAUAACUAGAUAUUAAAACCUUUUUUUUCUUUAAUAUUUAACAAUCAUGUCGUCGUCAUGGGUGGUUACUGUUAUAUAUGUAGGAGGAAUGUUAAUUGUGAUGAGCACAUUUUCUUAUAUAUGGCGUAGACGAAAAGCUGCAUCAGCACCUAUCGUACCAUGGUUUCCUGAUAACACAGCUCUAGAUACUUAUAUUUCUCUAUUACAAGCUGAUCCUCCUGCCACUGAGCUACAAUUAAAAUCUGCAUUAUUGCGUAGAGCUAUGACAGAUGUUGAAAGGGCAAUGAAACUCAGGGAAGAUCGUCCAGCUCUUCAUUCUUUAAUACAAAAGGGUGCUGUGGGUGAUGAAUUAUGGAAUUCUUUUUUACAAGCUGAACAAGAACUUCAAAACGACAUUAUGGAAGUUACUCGAGAAGCUGACACUUUUAAAAAAGAUUGGGGUCAAACAAUUUUUCAUACUGCUAACGAAAUGGUUCAACACGAAAAACAUAAAAAAAUUUCCGACCAAAUUAAAGAAUUAAAAGAUAAAGAAGAAAGAGAUUUUAAGAAAAGAGGGGAAAGAGAAAAAAUUGAGGAGGCUGAAAAUGAAAAGAGAGAAAAGGCUAAAUUGGAAAAGGAAAGAAAGAAAGCUGAGGAAGAAUUAUUAAAAAUGGAAGAAUCCGAAAAGAAAAAAGGAAAAGAUGUUAAAGGGAAAAAUAAAAAGAAAUAAGGAGGAAAGAUUAAUAUUAAAGAUUUAAAAUUAUUAAUAUUAAUAAUAGCUAGUUAUUUAGAGAAUAAUAAUGAACUAUUUGGACUUAGUUCCCUCAGAUAUAGAUACGAACUGAUCAAUUAAUUCACGUUGUUUAGUUGUAAGUGUU